UUAUUCUGCGGUGCUGGUAGCUCGGAAUGUGGCUCAGAGGAUAUCGAUGACGAAUGUGAUGAUGCAAGCGAUGAAGUUGAAGAAUCAAAUUCUACUGGACAGCAAGAAAUCCCAAGUGGUGAAUCGAUUUCAGCUAAUAAAAUUGAUGAUAUUUCGGGAUCAGCGAAGAGGAGAGGACCUCGAACAACAAUUAAAGCUAAACAGUUAGAUACGUUAAAAGCAGCAUUUGCUUCAACGCCGAAGCCAACUAGGCAUAUUAGAGAACAAUUAGCCCAAGAAACUGGUUUAAACAUGCGAGUAAUACAGGUGUGGUUUCAAAAUCGUCGCAGCAAAGAACGGCGCAUGAAACAAUUACGAUUUGGUGGUUAUCGACCAGUACGACGCAACAAGACGUCCGGUAGGGAUGACUUAUGCGUACCACAAACUAAUAUCUAUUCGCAAGAUGGUAGUAGUGAUGGAUUUUACGGUCGAUUACCUUUGCCAUUUUUUUGUGAUAACUACGGUACUUCUGGUCCUGAUGUAGUACCACCACCACCACCACCACCGUCAACAGCAACAACACUUCCACAUCCAUCAUUUAUUAUCCCACCUGAAACACAUGCAGUUGGAGUAGAUCAUACCAAUGCAGACAAUACAUUCCUUGAAGAAAGCUUGCGACCUCCACACAGUUCUCCUAAUAUGCCGCUAGCAGCACAAGUAAUAAUCUCUUUCAUUACUUUCCACUUCUACGCUUUGCUUUAUGACUUUGCGUUAUUCUAA